CUUUUGAACAACCAAAGAUAAAAUAAGCUCUUCAACAUGGACAUGCCAACUGGUCACUUGGUUGUGUUGCUUUUAAUAGCUAAUUUCCCAUUGAAAGAUGCAGACCCACUCAUCCUUUUUGCAGACCUUCACACCGUAAAUGAAUAUGACCCACUUACGGGGGAAUACCGUACGAUCGCAGAAAAUCAACAAAACGCCGUGGCUUUAGACUAUGAUUUCAAGACAAUGCAGGUAUACUGGUCAGACGUGUCAACGAAUCAGAUCUAUCGUACUAAUGUCAAUUGCAAUGGUGUACCAGAGGUUAUUGUAACUGGGGCUAACAUACCUGAUGGAAUCUCUAUUGACUGGGUCUACCGUAACAUUUACUGGACUGACACGGGAACAAAUUCCAUUGAAGUUGCAAGCCUGGACGAUCCAAACAAACGUACCAAACUCAUUUAUGAUAAUUUAGAUGAGCCAAGAGCUAUUACUGUAGAGCCAAGAAUUGGGUACAUGUUCUGGACUGACUGGGGCCAGGCAGCUAAGAUUGAACGAGCAGGAAUGAACGGAGAAGCAAGAGUGACCCUCGUGGACACUGACAUCAGCUGGCCAAAUGGUCUGACCGCUGAUCUUGAUGGUGACCUUCUCUACUGGGUGGAUGGUCUGAGAUACAGCCUAAGUAGCAUUGACUAUAACGGUCAAGGUAGACGCACCAUCCUGCAAUCAAAUUCAAUUCUGCCUCAUCCUUUCGCUAUCACUGUAUUUGAAGAGUAUGUCUACUGGACAGAUUGGCAGACAAAGGCUAUCACUAAAGCCAACAAAUUCAAUGGAAUCCAUACUAUUUUGGUUCAAAAUCUCAAUCGUCCCGCGGGCAUCCAGAUAUAUCACCCUGAAAAACAAAGUAACGGAAUUAUUAGCCAUUGUGGAGGAAAUAACGGUGGAUGUUCUCAUCUGUGCGUAGCUGCCCCUCAAAUUAGCGAUAGUUCUGCUAAAUAUUCCUGCCUCUGUCAAGAUGGGAGUAUAUGUGAGAGUUCCACAAGGAAUCCACUGACGACCGAGAAUAAUGCUCUGGGCGAUGUUCCUGCUUUUUCACUAUGUGAUUUUGAAGAUGCAAGUGUUUGUAACUUCGUACAAGAUAGAACGGACGACAUUGAUUGGACAAGAAGAUCUGGAAGGACACCUUCAUCUAAUACUGGCCCUUCAUAUGACCACACAUACGGAACUUUACAAGGAUACUACAUUUACAUUGAAGCUACAAGCCGGAGUAACAAUGACAUUGCCCGUAUUUGGACACCGCCAUAUGCUGCAACAAACGGCCUAUGCAUCGAGUGGUUCUACCACAUGUACGGGGAAGCAGUGAACACAUUGAAUGUGUACGCAGUCGAUUCAACAGGUAUUGUUGGUUCACCCGUGUGGACUAAAACAAAUAACCAAGGAAACAAUUGGAUACUUGGAAAAGUCUCAGUUGCAGUAUUCGGUAUCUAUCGAAUACUGUUUGAAGGAAUUAUAGGAAGUAGUUUCACAAGUGACAUCGGCUUAGAUGACAUCAGGAUCACAAAUAGAGAAUGUUCAUUACCAGAUAGUUCCUUGUGUGAUUUCGAAGAUCCGAAUAUUUGUAACUUCGUGCAAGACACUAUGGACGAUUUUAAUUGGACAAGAGGAUCUGCAUCAACAGGUUCAACUAAUACUGGUCCAUCAUUUGACCACACACUGGGAACUUCACAAGGAGGUUACUACUUGUACAUUGAAGCUACAGGCAGGAGUAGCAAUGACAUCGCUCGUCUUUGGACACCGUCGUAUCCCGCAUCGAAAGGUCUAUGCAUUGAGUGGUUCUACCACAUGUACGGGAACACUGUGAACACAUUAAAUGUGUACGUAGUCGAUUCUACAGGCACAGUUGGCACACCGGUGUGGAAUAAGACUAAUAACCAAGGAGACACUUGGUUGCUAGGACAAGUCUCAGUUGCAGAAUUCGGUAUCUACCAGAUAUUGUUUGAAGGAAUUAGAGGAAGUGGUUACACAGGUGACAUCGCUUUAGAUGACGUCAAGAUCACUAAUGGCGCAUGUGUAACACAACGCAAACCUAAAGCCUUUUCCCAAUGUGAUUUCGAAUCUCCGAGUAGUUGUAACUUUGUACAAGACACUAACGACGAUUUUGAUUGGAGCAGAAGAUCUGCAUCAACACCCUCAGUUAAUACGGGUCCUUCAUUUGACCACACACACGGAACUUGUCAAGAAGGAGGCUACUACAUGUACAUUGAAGCUACAGGUCAGACUUGGAAUAACAUCGCUCGUCUUUGGACACCGUCAUAUCCUGCCACGAACGGCCUAUGCAUCAAAUGGUUCUACCACAUGUACGGUGCCACAGUUAACACUUUAAAUGUGUACAUAGUCGAUUCUACGGGUGCUGUUGAUUCACCAGUGUGGACCAGAACAAAUAACCAAGGAAACUUUUGGAUACUUGGGCAAGUCUCAGUUUCAACAUCCGGUAUCUAUCGGGUAAUGUUUGAAGGAAUUAGAGGAAUUGAUUUUACUGGUGACAUUAGUUUAGAUGAUGUCACGAUUACCGAUGGAGCAUGUUCCACAUAGUGCUCUAAAUCUGGACAAUACUUUAAGGGUAGAUUGUUCGUUAGUAUUCGUGAUAAUGUCAAUGAAUGCUUUGAUCGAUUGUUCUUUUCAGCUAUGCAAAUAAGUAGAAAGAAAACAUUAGCUAGGUCAGGGUAGUACAUAAUAUUAUAAUAAUGUAAUAUGGCUGCCCCUUGGU